GUCAAUGGAGUAGUGUCCCUUGUUUUGUCUAAAGUUCACGUCUGCGGUUACAUCGUUAAACUAUUUUCGUUUCAUUUUCAUUCUUUUAAAUCAAAGAUGGCUGCAAAACCUUUAGUGAACAUAGACAUCAUCAGCGAUGUAAUGUGUCCUUGGUGCUGGGUUGGCAAGCGAAAGUUGGAAUCCAGCAUGAAAGCUCUUGAAGAUAAAAUUCAAUUCAGGGUACGAUGGCAUCCUUACCUACUGCGUCCUGCCGCUCCGCCAGAAGGCAUACCCAUUCCGUCUGCUUUUAGAAGUGGACCAAGGGUGACCCAGCUGCAACAAGCUGGAGCUGCAGUUGGAAUCAAUUUUACUUUCAAAAACACCUCUUUCCCAAGCACCAUUAGAAGUCAUGCUCUUCUGGAACUGGCGGCAGCUAAAGAUGAUGGAGUAAAACAGAACGAUGUUGCAGAGCUACUGUUUAAGGCAUAUUUUGUAGAUGGCAAGAUGCUUACUGAUGAUGAUGUAGUGGACGUUGGCAAGCAGGCAGGGUUUGAGGCAAAUGAGAUUCGAGCUUACAUCAGCAAGCAGGAAAAUCUUGAUCAUGUUGUUAGAACAGCCAAAAGUUGGGCUGACAAGGGAGUGGAAGGUGUACCACUGUUUUAUUUCAAUGGGCAGCGCAUGUUUUCUGGUGCUCAGGAUGAGGAUGUUUUCAAAAGAAUGCUUACUAUGGCAGCAGAAAAGUUCCAAGCGUCUACCAUUAACAGAGCUUAAAUUUUACUUCCUGUAAAUAAAAUGUGAGUAGCAUGCAUGCAGUCAGAAAUAUUUUAAGAUGGUCUUCAAUAACAAAAAGAAUCUUCAAAAAGUUCUUACUCAGGAGCAAAGCACAAUCUUGGAACUUUCCAUCUUGACACACAAAGGACACAUGACCAGAAUUGUGUUGUUUUACACCCUUCGUUACUUACUAUGCAAUAAUAACCACAAUGCAUACAAAACUGACACAUUUACUGAUAACAUAAAACUUAAUGUGAACGACUGUUAGCAUAAAUGUAUCUUUUUUAAUGUUAAUGAAAGAGUUUGAAGAACCAAAGCAACAAUGAACAAUGGUAAUAAAAUGCAUAAAAUCUGACAUCAUUCUCUUUAAAUACAAAAUAUACAAACAUAAUAAGACUGUUGCUUUUCUCUUGGCAUCUGUAUUCAGAACAUAUAUAGACAACUGAGUAAAAUCUGUAUUACAAUUCUGUACAAUAACUAUAAUUGUAACCUUAAGUCACAAAAGAGAUCCAGAUUAGCCCAGUACAUGAAUAGCUCAAGAAUCUUUUUCCGCCUGGAGGAUAUUAGCUGUCCUCUCCCAUAAUACAUGCACAGAAAAUGCUCAUGUCCUUUACGAUCUGGUCAGAGAAAAUUUUACAUGAAAGUAAAACAAGUGGCAGUGACAAGUGGUAUACUGUCUUUUGCCAUCAAGCACAAUGUGUCGAGGCAAUAAAAAAAAACAAAA